UACGUUAUCAGCCCCCACAAACUGCAGAUAUAAAGCAGCAAUUAGGCCAAUUCCAGUUAGACCCGGAACCAAGACUUGCUCAUUCAAAAUCCUAGCCAAUAAGUAGAUGCACACACUCAAGACAUUCACCUAUUGCUCACAAAUACUUUCACGUUCCAAAAACAUUCUCCUUUACCAACAUAUUCUAUAGUUGAAUUAAUUAAAGAUAUAGAAGUUCCCUAAGGCAGGUGAAGAUCCCAACAAGAUGUUUGAUGGAGGAGAAUAUUCUCCUUCAGCAACAGAGCCUUUUAGCUGCUUGAACAGUGUCACAACCUCCAGAAAGAAGAAGAACAAGAUUAAAAGGAGGUUUAGCGAUGAGCAGAUUAAAUCAUUGGAAACUAUGUUCGAAUCGGAAACAAGGCUUGAGCCUCGAAAGAAGAUGCAGUUGGCAAGAGAGCUUGGGUUGCAACCACGACAGGUUGCGAUAUGGUUUCAGAAUAAGAGAGCUAGAUGGAAGUCUAAGCAACUCGAAAGAGACUACAGCAUGCUACGAGCUAAUUACAACAGCUUGGCUUCCCGGUUUGAGACUCUGAAGAAAGAGAAGCAAGCGUUGGCGAUACAGUUGCAGAAGCUAAAUGAUCUGAUGAAGAAGCCGGUAGAGGAAGGAGAGUGUUGUGGCCAAGGAGCUGCUGUGAACAGCAGUGAGGGCGAAUCGGAGAAUGGAGACGCAACCAAGGGUGAAUCAGAAACGAAACCUAGAUUGUCAAUUGAACAACCAGAGCAUGGAUUAGGAGUCCUUUCAGAUGAAGAUAGCAGCAUAAAGGUAGAUUAUUUUGAAUUAGAAGAAGAACCGAACCUAAUGAGUAUGGUGGAACCGGCUGAAGGAUCAUUGACAUCACAAGAAGAUUGGGGGAGUAUAGACUCCGAUGGCCUCUUCGAUCAAUCAAGCAGUGGAUAUCAGUGGUGGGAUUUCUGGGCUUGAUUGAAGAGUAAACUGGAUGAAGCAUGAAACACAUGUAUAAUUAGUCUUUGUACUGAUGAACUCCACAUCUGGUGAGGCAAUAUUUAGAGAGACCGUCGGAGAGGAACACUUCAGAGAAAUGCAUCAAUUGACGUGACGAAUUUGGAUUUUGUUGUGAAUAUAGAGAUUCAAAUUGUCCUCUUGAUGCAACCAGAAAAGCUGCCACGCUGAUCUUGCCUCUCCGAAUAUAUACCCCAAAACUAGUGUCCCUACUGGUUUGAGCCAGGAAAAUGAGAGUCCAGAAGAAAUGGAAAAAAUAAAGGCAGCCGUGUUAAGUAGCAAGCUAGUGUGCAUAGAAGAGUUGCUUGUAGGUGGGGAGAGACGGGAGAAAUGCUGCAUUACUACUACAUUACAGAGACAUUCUCUCCACUCUUUAAAGGAGUUGCUGUUGUGCUAUCUUAUAUUCAAUUCAGUAUUUCCUUCUUUUUUUCCCA